ACCUUUUCCUGUAUUUUCUUGUUUCAUUGCAGGUUGGAGGUUGUCCAUGGCUCUCGUGUGUGAAAGCCGAGGCCGCUCCAGAUCCAGAAGUGCUGCCUUCCCCCAGACACAGACAGCAGCUCUGGAUACAGACACACAGGAUGCCACCGCUGAGCUUCCGGGUUAUUUGGCACCUCUGUCGUCCCAGUUGGCUGAUUCUGUGUCCACAGACCAGAGGAAGAGGAAGAGGCAGAGCGACAGCCAGCAAACACCGUCUGCCUCAUCCAGAAGAUCAGCCAAACGCUCUCGCAGAGGUCUGACUUGUGUGUCAGACGAGUAUGUGAAGGGUCCGCUGCUGGGACGAGGUGGAUUCGGCUCGGUGUUUGCUGGGAUCCGCAGGUCUGAUGGACUGCCAGUGGCCAUCAAGUACGUCUCUAAAGACCGAACCCAUGAGACACUGAAAGUUGACGGUAAGGGUCGGCUGCCACUGGAAGUGGCGUUGAUGAUCCGCGUCACUUCAGCUCCUGUCUGCCCCAGUGUCCUUCAGCUGCUGGACUGGUUUGACCGUCCCAGAUGCUACAUCCUGAUCCUGGAGCGUCCAGCUCCCUGCCAAGAUCUCCAGAGCUUCUGUGAGGAGAACGGCUGUCUGGACGAGCGUCUGGCCAAGAGAGUGCUGGUGCAGCUGAUCGCGGCGCUGAAACACUGCGAGAGCCGAGGCGUUCUGCACCGGGACGUCAAGCCGGAGAACCUGCUUGUCUCCACAGAGUCCCAGGACAUCAAGCUGCUGGACUUCGGCUGUGGAGAUCUGCUGAAGCGCUCGGCCUACAGAUACUUUGCAGGCACUACUGCAUACGCUCCUCCUGAGUGGUUCCACAGGCAUCGCUAUCAUGCGGCUCCAGCUACAGUCUGGUCAGUCGGAGUGACGCUCUUCAACAUCCUGUGUGACUGCUUCCCCUUCAGAGGCGCACAGAGGGUCACGUCCAGAAGCAGACUGCUCUUCCCCAGACAGCUGUCCACAGGUUUGGAAAAAGGCAGCUGUACUCGUGCUGCUCCCUCCUACAGUGCAGAACAAACGCUAUAUUCAUCUGAAACUCCACCCGAGCAACUUCAGGACAGACGGAGCGCAAUAAUACCAUUGAUGCGGCGGAACGCGGACGCGCACACACCGGCUGACUGA